CUGUCUGCUCCUCUCAGUCCACUCUCCUGCAGGCCCGACCUCCGCCUCUGCCCGGCCUCACACCCAGACAGACCCCGCCGACUCACAAGGGGGAAAGAGAUCAGCCGGGACACGACGAGGGAGAGAAAACAGAUUUAACGUUUGUUGGGAGAGAAACAACCGGUCGCAUUGCAGCAUCUCACGUAGUCUCCCUAUUGUAGCUACUUUUCUUGUUUUCCUCCCCGUUAAUCUUUUUCCACAGAAGAAAACCAAAGCUUUUACUUAAUGGGAAGAUGUAAAAAUCAGCCCGGACACUAAACUUGGACACAAACUGCGCCCUUCUGAGCACAGCCAGUGGGGCUGGGAACACUCAACAGCACCGUUAGGUUUUUUGGCUAGCUAGGAGGGACCCGGACGACUCUGAGGGAAAAGACCAAAAAAGAGACAUUCUCCUCUCAGAAAGCCUCAUUUUCCGCUUCACUACGGGGGGAAAACACCAAAGAUGCUCUCGGAGCUGAGUGAGUGGUUCUGGCAGGAGCGGCUGUGGUUUCCGGAGGGCCUGGGCUGGGCUGACCUGGAGGAUCGGGAUGGACGAGUAUACGCCAAAGCCCGCGACUUGUGGGUGGCACUGCCCAUCGCGCUCGUAUUCCUCAUUAUUCGUCAGAUCUUUGAGAGGACAGUGGCUACGCCCCUGGCCUCUCUACUCGGGGUGAAAGAGACAGUACGGCUCAAAGUCCCUCACAACCCCACACUGGAGUCAUACUACUGUAACAUUACCAAAAACCCUACACAGAGUUCAAUAGCAAGUCUCUGCAAGCAGACUGGCCACUCAGAAAGACAAGUGCAGCGAUGGUUCAGGAGACGGAGGAACCAGGACAGACCGAGUUUGCUCAAAAAAUUUCGAGAAGCCAGUUGGAGAUUUACCUUUUACCUUCUUGCUUUCAUUGCUGGCCUGGCCGCCCUCAUCGAUAAACCUUGGCUGUAUGACCUGAAGGAGAUGUGGCAGGGCUUUCCUGUGUUGACUCUCCUGCCAUCUCAGUAUUGGUACUACAUGAUUGAGCUGGGUUUCUACGGCUCUCUGCUGUUCAGUGUGGCUUCUGAUGUCAAGCGCAAAGACUUCAAGGAGCAGAUUGUUCACCACGUAGCGACCAUCCUCCUCAUCAGCUUCUCCUGGUGUGUUAAUUACAUCCGUGCUGGAACUCUCAUCAUGCUGGUGCAUGACUCCUCGGAUUACCUCCUCGAGUCUGCAAAGAUGUUCAACUAUGCUGGGUGGCGAAAUGCCUGUAACUACAUCUUCAUUGUAUUUGCUGCAAUCUUUAUCGUCACCCGUCUGGUCAUCUUCCCCUUCUGGAUUAUUUACUGUACAUGGGUUUACCCAGUGACUAUCUACGAACCCUUCUUUGGCUACUACUUCUUCAAUGGACUUUUGAUGAUUCUGCAGUGUCUACAUAUCUUCUGGGCUGUCCUCAUCAUACGCAUAGCAGUCCGCUUCCUCACCAACAAUGAAAAAGUGGAUGAUGAAAGGAGUGACAAAGAUGAAACAGAUGAAUCAGAAGAAGAAGAGGAAGAGAAGGUGGAAGAUAAGAAGGACAUAAAGAAAAAUGGACCAGUGCUGAAUGGUCACACAGUCCACAACAACAACCACAGCAAGACAGAGUGAAAGCAAACAAGUGUCAGGAUGUAGGAAUGUGAGAAGGACUCAUAUCCCUCGGUGGGGGAGCAGGAGGGAGGGAUGAAAAGAAAGAGAAAGAAGAAGAGAGGGAGGCAAGUCAUUCUCGAAAAACCGAGAACAGCAGAUAUCCCGAGGAGAUUUGACACUGUUACUUUUGCAUGACACAAAAACACACUCACACAUUCAUUCGUACUUUUAGAGGGCACAGAGAUCCAGCAGAUGAUAUACACUACAUUAAGUGGCAGGGCCUUUUUUUCCUGCUUUGUCAUCAGAGAAAAAUGUAUCAUUGUCAGUGUGAGAUGUCAGUCACAAAAUUUCAAAGACGCAGGGGAGAAAAUGGAGAGGAGAAGUGUGGAGAAGACACAGGAGCGCAGUGAUGCUGCUUCUGCUUUAGCUUUCUUGUUCUAACUGUGUGCCUUAGAGCCAGCUAAUUGCUGUUCAAUGCCAUUUUAUAGCUUUUAUGCUUUAAUCUUGAGUUGCUUUAUUCGUUGUACUUUUUGCGUUUUCUACUAAAAAGAACAAAAGAAUGAAAGUUUUAUGAAAGUGAAACAGUAGGGCAUUUAUUUCCCUAAUUUUUGUCUAUGCAAUUACGUGUUUGAUCAGCUAUUGCGACGUCUUUGCACAAACAUUAACUUUGUCUCUUAUAUAAUGUAAUAAUUUGCAGCUGGACUGUGUGCCUCUGCUCUCCAAUGCGGCCUGUGCCAUUUACAAAGUAAUCUAACUCGUAAGGUGAAAGGAAUACAUAUGGUCUCAGUUUUUGUAGAUUUUUAUUUUAAUUCCAGUUCAGUUUUGAAUCCAGCAUACUGCUUCCAAAAGAAGAUGUCUGAACUGCAGAGGUUAUCAUUCUCAUUCUUUGCUGUUUGAGUCAGUAAUACCCAGAAAUGAGUGUUCAGCAUAAGCAAUUCAGUAGAAAUCACAGCUUCCUGCUAGUUGUGACUGAGCUGAAUGUUUUUUUUUCCUCUGGUUUUUUGGCUGAAGCAGUUUGAUCUAGUUGAGUCUUGACUCACACUGAAAAUGCUACCGACCGAAAACCAAUGACUCUCCAUAUAAUCAUUGCGAAAGUGGGCUGCUUUGUUGAAACACAGGAGUUUUACUGAGGCAGACAGAUUAACCUUUUCCAGAUUUGACAAAUAUUGGCUAGCUUUCUUCAAUCCACUGCCUAGUAGCCUGGGUUUUAUUCAUCAACCUGGGUGAGAAUUUAAGUGUUGAUCUAAGUGAAUGAUUUUAGGUAUGAUUCUGUGUAUGACACAGGUUUACAGGUAUGUUCUCUUAUGAUUUUUUUAAAUGGAAAUCUGAUUUUUAGGAGUUAAUUGUUUCAGUUUUGAGACUUUGGAGGAAUUCAUGAAACAAUAAGUGUUGCAGUUUUGUUCUUAUGCUUUAAAGUUCUUUGUAUGUCAAGUGCCUUAUCUGUAAUGUAUGGGAAGCUCUCUCUCCUGUCUUCAUGUCCUCUCCUUUUCUUUCCUGUCUCCACCUCACCUCUCAGAUUCAUCUGAAAGAUUAGAACAUCCUCCCUCCCCACCAUCUCAUUCAUCAAUCACUCUCCUUCAUAAAUUACCCUCCCUUCAACCUCACCCUCAUUCCACCAACACCUUCCUUAAUACUAACCCAGACCAACCAGCAACCUCUCUCCCCCAGUGAUACAGAAGAAACAGCUGUGUCCUAAUUACAGUGUUAUUUUUUUGUAUUUUUUGUUUAAUGAUGCCUAAGUAUUGUUAUUAAUAAUAAAAGCAAAGAUCAUGAAUCACAAUGACAA